AUGAGCGCUUCCUCCAAUGUCGCUCGCCGGGCGGUUGCCCGGAACCCUUUGAUGGGCAAUGCCCGAGCUCUCUCACGGGGUGUCACUCCUGCCCUCCUCGGUCGCCACGUCAGUCGUAACGUCAAAAUCCCUGCCAUUGCUCUGUUGAUCCCUCGAUCGAUGAGUACCGAUCAUCACCGACACGACCCCAGUUCUUCUGGCCCGCCCCCGGGAUUCAAUGCCGAACAGGCUAAGAAGCCGCUUCCCAAGGAUUCCACAGGCUCUGUCGUUGCAAAGAAGGAGGACAAGAAGCUUGACCCGAACACCAAGGACGCUGCUCUGUUGAAGCCCGCCGAUGCCUCUGCCGAAGCCAAGGCUGAUACAGAAGUUGUUGCCACCAAGGAGGGUGUGAUGGAGAAGGGCGAUGCUGCUCAGAAGGCCAAGGAGGAGAAGAAACUUACUCUCUGGGAGAAGGUCAAGAAGGAGGCUCACCACUACUGGGAUGGAUCUAAGCUGCUCGUCGCUGAGGUCAAGAUCAGCUGGCGAUUGGCCCUCAAGAUGGCUGCCGGAUACGAGCUCACCCGACGCGAGAACAAGCAACUUCAGCGAACAGUCCAGGAUCUUGGUCGUUUAGUGCCCUUCUCCGUCUUCAUUAUCGUUCCCCUGGGUGAGGCACUUCUGCCUCUCGCCCUCAAGCUCUUCCCCAACAUGCUCCCCAGCACAUUCGAGGGACAAAAGUCAAAGGAGGCCAAGGCCACACUUCUCCGAUCCACACGCAAGGAAGUCUCUCAAUUCUUAAGACAAACGCUCGGCGAAUCUGGCUUGCCAGUGAGUCAAGCAACAACACAAAAAGAGGAGUUCUCCAACUUCUUCCGCAAAGUCCGCGCCACUGGCGAGACACCCACAGCCGAGGACGUUAUCAAGGUCUGCAAGGUCUUCCGUGAUGAUUUGACCCUCGACAACUUGUCACGACCUCAGCUCGUUUCCAUGUGCAAGUACAUGAACCUCAACACAUUCGGUACCGACAUGAUGCUCCGAUAUCAGAUUCGUCACCGCAUGCGACAGAUCAAGCGCGACGACAAGGCCAUCAGCUACGAGGGCGUUGACAGCCUGACUGUUGCUGAGCUCCAGGCUGCUUGUGCUGCCCGAGGUAUCCGAACACACAGUGUCUCCCCCGCCCGCAUGCGAGCGGACCUUCAGACUUGGCUCGAUCUCCGACUCAAGGAGGGUGUUCCCUCAACACUCCUCGUCCUGAGCAACGCCUAUAUGUACGGCCAGGGCUCAGGUGAGGGUUACAACCAGAUUGAGGCUCUUAUCGGCGUCAUGUCCGCCAUUCCUGAGGAGCUGUACCACGAGAUCGAGCUUGAGGUGCACAGCGCCGAGGGUGCUGCCACUAACAAGCAGCGACUCGAGGUCAUCAAGGAGCAGCAGGAUCUCAUCGAGGACGAGGCAGAGCAGGACCAGGCUAGCCAAAGCUCUGGCUUCGCCACUCCCAGAGACACAGACGAUAUCGAUGAGAAGGAGGAGAGACUCGCUCAAGCCCAAGCUGAGGGUCUCGGCAAGAAGCAAGUCAGCGAGAUGGUCGAGGCCGAGAUGGAGCUGGCUAAGGCCGCUGAGUCUGCUGCAUCACUAGAGCGGGAGAUCAACGCCAGCUCUGGAUCGUCCAAGGAGCAGAAGUAG